AUGUUAAUAACCAAGAAACAAAUAACUGAGCAACAAAGAUUGAAGAAGAUGAGCAAGGAGCAAAUGCAGCUAGCUAUAAUAAAAAAGAAACAGUGCGAUGCGAAGGCUCUUGCGAUAGUUAUGCAACUUCUGGAACCGCAUGUGAAUCCUGACUGGCUCCUGCAGAAUCUGGGAUUCAUGAGUAAGAACCAUAUGGAAGAUGUGAUAGAGGAGAGAGUAAUAGUAAAGCUAUGUGGAUAUGUCCUCUGUUCAAAUCAGCUGACUGUUGUUAUCCGACAACAGUAUCACAUAUCAACACGUAAGAAUAAAGUGUAUGACGUCAGCAAACGGAGAAACUUCUGCAGUUUGUGUUAUGGGGCAACUAAUUUUCUUCUUAAACAAAUGCUUGAGAGUCCACUCUGGUUGAGAGAGAAAGAGGAUAUACCAGUCUUUCAAAUUUUGCCUCUCAACUAUAAGCCUACGUGUGCAUGGAAAGGAAAUCGACGUUGUUGGAAUUAA